GCGGCUGGGGCUGCACGCUCAGCGCGGCGGGCGGCUCUGGCGCCCGGCUCCCGGUGCCCGGAGGGCCUGAGGAGGGCGGGAAGGAGGUAGGCGGGGGGCGGGAGCGAGGGGCGCACGUCCGCCCGGCGCUGGGAUUGCGCGGCUGGCGGGGAGAGCGGAGCAGGCGCGAGGCCCAGGCGGAGGAGCGCUGACUCUGGAGCAGCCGGAGGUGGAGGAGGAGGAGGAGGAGAGGCGGCGGGGAAGGAGGAGGAGGCGGAGAGUCGCUCCCGCCCAGCGAGCGGCGAGCAUGGGACGCCUGGCGCCCAGGCCGCUGCUGCUGGCGCUGCUGUCGCUGGCUCUUUGUCAAGGGCGUGUGGUGAGAGUCCCCGCCGGGAGCCUGGUGCGGGUGGUGGGCACCGAGCUGGUCAUCCCCUGCAACGUCAGCGACUACGACGGCCCCAGCGAGCAGAACUUUGACUGGAGCUUCUCGUCUUCGGGGAGCAGCUAUGUGGAGCUGGCCAGCACCUGGGAGGUGGGCUUCCCAGCCCAGCUGUACCGGGAGCGCCUUCAGCGGGGCGAGAUCCUUUUGAGGCGAACCGCCAACAAUGCCGUGGAACUCCACAUAAAGAACGUCCAGGCCUCGGACCAAGGCCACUACAAGUGUUCGACCCCCAGCACGGAUGCCACCGUCCAGGGCAACUAUGAGGAUACAGUGCAGGUGAAAGUGUUGUCUGACGCCCUGCACGUGGCUGCCAGCCCGCCGUCCUCCCCGGGCCAGGGCCUGAGUCUGCGCCUGGGCGAGCCCUUCGAGCUGCGCUGCGCGGCCGCCACCGCGUCCCCGCUGCACACCCACCUGGCGCUGCUGUGGGAGCUGCGGCACGGCCCCUCCUGGCAGAGUGUCCUCGGCCUGACCCACGAGGGCCGGCUGCGCCCGGGCCCCGGCUAUGAGCAGCGUUACCAUGACGGAGACGUGCGCCUGGACACCGUGGGCAGCGACGGCUACCGCCUCUCUGUGUCCCGGGCCCUGGCCACCGACCAGGGCACCUACAGGUGCGUCGUCAGUGAGUGGAUCGAAGAGCAAGGCAACUGGCAAGAAAUCCAAGAGAAAGCCGUGGACGUGGCCACCGUGCUGAUCCAGCCGACAGUUCUGCGAGUGGCUGUGGGCAGGAAUGUGUCCGUGGCUGAAGGGAAGGAGCUAGACCUGACCUGCAACAUCACAACCGACCGAGCAGAUGACAUCCGGCCCGAGGUGACGUGGUACUUCAGCAGGACGCCUGGCAGCACUGUGCCCGGCCCCCACGUGCUGGCCCGGCUGGACCGAGACUCCCUGGUGCACGGCUCUCCUCAUGUCGCUCUGAGUCACGUGGAUGCACGCUCCUACCAUUUACUGGUUCGAGAUGUGAGCAAAGAGAACUCUGGCUACUAUUUCUGCCACGUGGCACUCUGGGCCCCGGGACACAACAGGAGCUGGCACAAAGUGGCAGAAGCCAUGUCUUCCCCAGCUGGCGUGGAUGUGACCUGGCUAGAGCCAGACUACCAGGUGUACCUGAAUGCCUCCAAGAUCCCCGAGUUUGCAGACGACCUCACUGAGCUGGAGUGCCGGGUGGUGGACAUGAAGAGCACCGAGCCACGCGUCCGGGUCACGGUGUCCUGGUACUACAGGAUGAACCGGCGCAGUGACGACGUGGUGACCAGCGAGCUCCUUGCCGUCAUGGACGGGGACUGGACGCUGAGGUACGGAGAGAGGAGCAAGCAGCGGGCCCAGGACGGAGACUUCAUUUUCUCUAAGGAGCGUACGGACACAUUCAGCUUCCGAAUCCAAAGGACUACAGAGGAAGACAGAGGCAAUUACUACUGCGCAGUGUCCGCCUGGACCAGACAGCGGAACGACAGCUGGGUGAAGAGCAAGGAUGUCUUCUCCAAACCUGUCCACAUAUUUUGGGCAUCCGAAGACUCUGUGCUGGUGGUGAAGGCGAGGCAGCCAAAGCCCUUCUUCGCCGCAGGAAAUACAUUUGAGAUGACUUGCAAAGUGUCUUCCAAGAAUAUUAAGUCACCGCGCUACUCCGUUCUCAUCACGGCUGAGAAGCCUGUUGGGGACCUCUCCAGUCCCAACGAAACCAAGUACAUCAUCUCCCUGGACCAGGAUUCGGUGGUGAAGCUGGAGAACUGGACAGACGCCUCCCGGGUGGACGGCGUCGUGUUGGAAAAAGUGCAGGAGGAUGAGUUCCGCUACCGAAUGUACCAGACUCAGGUGUCAGACGCCGGGCUGUACCGCUGCGUGGUGACAGCCUGGUCCCCUGUCAGGGGCAGCCUGUGGCGGGAAGCAGCCACCAGUCUCUCCAACCCUAUCGAGAUAGACUUCCAGACCUCAGGUCCUGUGUUCAAUGCCUCUGUGUACUCCGACACUCCGUCCGUCAUCCGGGGAGACCUGAUCAAACUGUUCUGCAUCGUCACUGUCGAAGGCGCAGCCCUGGAUCCAGAUGACAUGGCCUUCGAUGUGUCCUGGUUUGCGGUGCACUCCUUCGGCCUGGACAAGGCUCCCGUCCUCCUGUCUUCCCUGGACCGGAAGGGCAUUGUGAGCACGGCCCACAGGGACCGGAAGAGCGACCUCAGCCUGGAGCGUGUGAGCGUGCUGGAGUUCCUGCUGCGGGUGCACGGCGCCGAGGACCAGGACUUCGGCAACUACUACUGUUCCGUGACCCCCUGGGUGAGGUCACCCACGGGGUCCUGGCAGAAGGAGGCAGAGAUCUACUCCAAGCCCGUCUUUCUAACUGUGAAGAUGGAUGUGCUGAACGCCUUCAAGUACCCGCUGCUGAUCGGUGUCGGCCUGUCCACCGUCGUCGGGCUCCUGUCCUGCCUCAUCGGGUACUGCAGCUCCCACUGGUGUUGCAAGAAGGAGGUCCAGGAGACCAGGCGUGAGCGCCGCCGACUCAUGUCCAUGGAGAUGGACUAGGCUGGCACGGGCCGAGGCAACGACAGGGACCGCCUAGGAGCGAUUUGGGCGAGCAGAGGACGGUGGUACUCGAACGCGACGUGUGUUACACUAAAACCCAGUCCUCUCUAAUCUCAGGUGGGACGCGGCGCUCUCCCCUCUGCAUGUCAAGUUCGGAGCGCGGACACGUUUACCAGCACACAGCUUCUCUUCCCACGGCACUUUCUGAGGACAAUCGAGUGUGUCUUUCCCAACCGCGGCUUUUUGAUGGUUAACCUCUGUCUAAUUUUUUUCUCCUACUGGUUUAUAGAUCUCUGACGUGUGUGUGUUGAUAGCUCUUGUCCUGAGAGAUGGUGGUGAGGACAGGGUGAUGACGUUGGGAGUUCUUUGUCCUGGGUGAGAGCCGGCCUCGGGGCCGGAGGCAGGUGUCGGGGGACGGCUGGGCGCCCCACUCUGCGCUGGCCCGAGGCAGCACGGACCUGUGCCGGAGGUGAAAUCGCAGCUUUCACUGCCCCGCCCCACCCCCGUUUUCAGGGGUCUAGACCACAUUUGAAAUCUAAACUUGCAGCACGUAACUUCCUGUCGAGCCCAAAUGCGUAUUUUGGUUUUGCUUCUCUGCCCCUUUCCAUUUCUUUGCUCUUUGCGUUACACGAGCGUGCGGAACGGCAGCCCUGGAACCGAGAACGUGGCUCUCCACCGAGCACCUUACCCUGCCACCUUAGCCUUAAGAAUGAAUAUGAAGAAAACGACACAGCCACCUCCGUCCAGGGCAGUAAGGAGGUCUGCAAGAAAGAGGAAGUUGGGGACAUGGGAAGGCACAGACACUCGGAGAGUGAGGAGGUCCCUGGGCCGCAAGGCGCCCCGGGGAGAGUGGAAGGCGCAUCCUGAGAGCUGGGCUUCUGCACCUUGAGCCGGGAGGGUCCGUGGUGCCAGGGGCGUGUCAGGCAGAAGGAGCCACCUCCAUUCCCCAAUCCUGCCCUUUGCAGGAGGCAAAGGCCUGGGACACCAAGGGACGUCCGGGGGACCCACAGAAACCCCACGUCCUUCACGGGCUGUGCGGCCCCCUUAACAUGAAGGACACCUGCUGCUGGUGAGACUGGCUGAGUCACGGAGUCAGAAUUGCCUGGGGGAGCCGUACGUUUUCUCUGACCUUCUCAGUCUUUCAGGUCUUUGUCAGAUCCCCAGCAAGGGCUCAGUGAGAAAGGGCAGGCUGUGUAGGCUUCGCUUUCCUAUUAGGAACGUGAAGGAAACCCAGCAAUUUACUGCCAUGUGAACAGCCUACAAAGUAUCUCUGGGAGCAGUCUGUUUGGCCCGACUGCUCAGACCAGGAGGACAACGGACCGGAGAGAUCGUCCACUCCCUGGAGUGUCCGGCACCCGAUGCAGCGCUGGCCUCUCUGAGGCUGCCAGGUGACUCGUGCCCUACUUUGCACUCCUCUGUGCUGCUAUCGUGAAGGAUCUAACACUCCUCUGUCUUCUGAAGAGGAAAACAAGACGCGUUUGUUUUGAGCAAUAAAAUAAUACAAAAUGAUGGCCAUUCAUGUACAGCUCUUUGUCGCAGUGGGCUGGACGAGCCAGACACCCCCCAACCCCGCUCACCCACCUCCCCCACUCUGCUGCCCACGAUCCCUUCUGCACUUGUCACUGAGCCCCCCCAAGAGGCAGAUUCCCACUCAGUGUUUUCUUUUUGUUUUGCCCACCGAGUGGACCACUGGUGGGACAGGAGCGAGAUUCUGCACUGAUGGUAGCAGCCCAGACGAAUUCCAGGCACAAGUGAAACCCGGGAAGACAGGCAGCAGGUGCGCCCCAGCAGAGCAGGAGUGGCUGGGGGGAGCUGGAGGCCUUGGUAGGUCUAGAGCCAGAGUUUUCCAUGUACUGUUACCUAACUCCUCCUUCAGAGGAGGGCGGGUCACAGGUGAUCCUACAAACCGGAACUAGAGAGAGCACACAAACACAUGUGCCGUGUUGGGGCGGCCAGUGCCCUCCUGGAGCCCCGGCAGUUACUGCACCGACUAGAAGACGCAGGAUUUUGUAGCACAGGCCUUUCGUGGUAGGAGGAAAGGGUGCUUAGCUUGGGAUGUGCCCAGGUGGCCCCAGGUGUAUGUGAAACCACGAAUGGGUCACAGCAGACACAGUAGUAGUAACUGUACCUUAUCCUUUCAAACUGCUAUUGCAGUUCAAGGCUGGGGAUGUGAAAACAUGGACCGCAACCCCACCCUCUGCCCAUCGGGCCGGCCAAACUGCCAGUCGCCUGGACGUUAGCCAAAGGGGAAAAUCCCAGGGGGUUGUACCAAGGACCUCGUUCCUUCCAGGGACUUAGACUUGCCAGGGCGUGCGUCCUUUCAGAAGUACGAGCUCCACUCUCCCGCUGUACCGGAUAGAGCCCUGCCUAGUGGGUGCUGUGCUGGGAGAGGCUCCACCGGAAGCGCCGGGCGGAUGGAGGGAGGACCCAGUCAGGAUUCACACGGAGGACGUUGUACUUCUCAACAACAACCUUACACAAUGUUACGGUUUUUCCCUACUCAUAAAAGUACCCCCAGAAAGAGCCUAAUCUGUGUUCAGAUAGGAGCCUCAAAAUUCCUUUCAAUUGUUUACUUUAUAAUGUUUACAUACACUUUACACCUAAAAGAAAAAAAGAAAAAAAAAUGCAAACUCUGACUUUUUAUCAACUUUUCAGAUUUUUCACGGGACAGUGGAACUUUGACUCACCAACUGGAUUUCAAUCUUACUCUAGAAAUGUAUUUAUUUGUGUCUUUCCCCCCUUCCCCUCCAUGUGGCUUUCCUGAGACCCCAGUGAAAGAGGCCCCUCCUGCGCAGACCCUUGUCCAUUCCCCCUCUCCCCAACCCGUGGCUCUUGCUUCUUGCUUUGCAGAUGGCCUGCAGCCAUGAACUUGUCACUGGCAUCUGUGAGCCAAAGACCGAGCCUUUGUGGCAGGAAUAAUAAGCAAUACUACACAACUUGCUACUUUCAGAAAACUUUUUUUUAGCUUCACCGAUGACAACAGAGGAAGAAGGGAACUGGGAUUUGGGUAAGUUCUCUUCCACUGUUUGACCAGAUUCUCAGUGAUACAUAUUGGGUGCAGAUCACUAGGAGAAAAAAGUUGACUUUUUCUUUUGUAGCGGGGCACAUAGGAUCUGCCGAAUUUUAUGUAGACAAAGGAAGGGUCUUGUGUAUUUUUGUCCAUAUCCAAUGUUAUAUGAACUAAUUGUAUUGUUUUAUACUGUGACCACAAAUAUUAUGCAAUGCACCAUUUGUUUUUUAUUUCAUUAAAGGAAGUUUAA